AAAUAGGUACAGGGGAUGGCCAGAGGCUGCGGACACAGUACAUACAGGGGAAGGCCAGAGGCUGCGGACACAGUACAGGGGAAGGCCAGAGGCUGCGGACACAGUACAGGGGAAGGCCAGAGGCUGCGGACACAGUACAUACAGGGGAAGGCCAGAGGCUGCGGACACAGUACAUACAGGGGAAGGCCAGAGGCUGCGGACACAGUACAUACAGGGGAAGGCCAGAGGCUGCGGACACAGUACAUACAGGGGAAGGCCAGAGGCUGCGGACACAGUACAGGGGAAGGCCAGAGGCUGCGGACACAGUACAGGGGAAGGCCAGAGGCUGCGGACACAGUACAGGGGAAGGCCAGAGGCUGCGGACACAGUACAGGGGAAGGCCAGAGGCUGCGGACACAGUACAGGGGAAGGCCAGAGGCUGCGGACCUGCGGACAUAGUGCAGGAGAUGACCAGAGACUGCGGACAUAGUGCAGGAGAUGACCAGAGACUGCGGACAUAUUACAGUGUAUGAACCA